GAUGAUCAUGGUAUAAAUACAUUCACAUACAACAAAGCAAGACAAGAUAAAUUGAACCAAUUCCAAAGGAUAAUACUUACAAACGAGAGUGACAAGGAAAUAUCUGAACAUAGUGAAGUAUGUUUGGAGUUGAUAAAGGCUAUUAAUCUACGUAAUAGAUAUAUAUAUACUCCGGCAAAGAUAUGGAAGGAUGAUGCUCCACAGAGUGAUAAACCUCCUUAUAAUCCAUUUGAAGCAAAUGUCGAUGACCAACAAUCAUCAGAUCAUGUAUUCAUUCCAAUCAAUGGAGUGUACAGUGUAUACAAAUCACAGGAAGACUUGGAUCAAGGGUCUCCAGCUCAAUUCUGUAUCUUGUCAACAUUGAACUCUUAUUAUAGAGAUAUAAACAGAAUGAUGCAAUUCUGUUCUGAUGGACCGGCCAAGACCUACUGCUUCAAACGUCUACGUCUACUAGAGUCCAAGUACAACAUGCACAUCCUAUUGAAUGAUGGGGCAGAGAUUCUACAUCAGAAGUCGGCGCCACAUAGAGACUUCUACAAUGUUCGCAAGGUAGAUACACAUGUCCACCAUUCAUCAUCCAUGAACCAGAAGCACCUACUUAGGUUCAUAAAGAAGAAGUUGAAAGAUAGUCCAGAUGAAACUGUGAUAUACAGGGACGGCAAAUACCUGACCUUGUCAGAGGUAUUCAAGAGUCUCAGUCUAGAUGUAGACGAGUUGAGUGUGGAUACAUUGGAUGUCCAUGCUGAUAAACAUACCUUCCAUAGGUUCGACCGAUUCAACCUAAAGUACAAUCCAUGUGGCCAGAGUCGUCUGAGAGAGAUAUUCCUAAAGACGGAUAAUCAUAUCAAAGGCAGGUACUUGGCAGAGCUGACCAAGGAGUUGUUUGAUGACAUGGAGAACUCAAAGUACCAGAAUGCAGAGUAUCGCCUGUCAAUCUAUGGCAGGAACAUUGGAGAGUGGGAUCAGCUUGCUGGCUGGAUAUGUGACAAUGGACUGUUCUCCACCAAGGUGCGCUGGUUGAUCCAGAUACCACGCCUCUACGAUGUGUAUCGUGAGUCGAACAACAUCACAACCUUCCAGGUCUUCCUGUCAAACAUCUUCCAGCCACUCUUCGAAGCCACCAAGAACCCUGCCUCACAUCCCAAGCUACACCUGUUCCUCCAACAGGUAGUGGGCAUUGACUGUGUGGACGAUGAGUCCAAGUUCGAGAAGAAGUUCACCGAGAAGUUCCCAGUGCCAGCAGAGUGGAUAAGCGAGCACAAUCCACCCUACACCUACUAUCUCUAUUAUCUCUAUGCCAACCUAUACACUCUCAAUCAAUUCAGAGAAGAGAGGGGAUUCAACACAUUUGCUCUCAGACCUCACUCGGGAGAAGCUGGAGAGGUGGACCAUUUGGCAGCAUCCUUCUACCUAGCACAUGGAAUCAACCACGGUAUCAACCUUCGCAAGACACCAGUGCUCCAGUACCUGUACUAUCUGGCGCAGAUUGGUAUCGCCAUGUCUCCACUGAGCAACAACUCGUUGUUCUUGACCUACCAUCGAAAUCCAUUCCCUGUGUUCUUUGCUCGUGGACUGAACGUCAGCAUAUCCACGGACGAUCCACUUCAAUUCCAUUACACCAAGGAGCCACUGAUGGAGGAGUAUAGCAUUGCGACACAGGUGUGGCAUCUGAGUCCAUGUGACAUCUGUGAGAUUGCCAGGAACAGCGUGUUGCAGAGUGGCUUUGAGCACAAUGUCAAGUCACAUUGGCUGGGCACCGACUACCUUGAUCCUUGCAAGAAUGACAUUAGGAAGACAAACAUACCAGACAUCCGAGUCUCAUUUAGGAAUGAGACGUUGACCGAGGAGCUGCACCUGUUGUACAAGUCAUUGAAGAUGUCGCCCAAGUUUAGCGAGCUGGACAUCACCUUCCUUCAGUCGCGACUACCAGACGAGAUAACCUCGCCCAAGAAGAAGAAGAAGGUGCAGCCGUCAGUGAAGCAGAAUGAGUCUAAACAUCAGAGUCUGCAUCCAAUUGUCCAACGUAGCAAUGUAUCGAAGCAGCCACAGCAGCCACAGCAGCCACAGCAUUCACCGCAAGAGUCAUCCUGCUCCAAGGUGCCAUCGUGUGGAAGCAGCAACUUCAGGUCGUUCUCGCUUUCCGCUCAUCCAUCAUCGCCACAAAUGUCGCUCAACAUCAUCAAUGACAGCAUGCCCUCAAUCCUAUUA